CGCAGAGAAACAACUCACGCAGGAUGACCCAGAGGCUGAAGGCGAUGAUAUCAAUAACUCCAACGAAGAAGCCAACUUGGAGUUCAAAAAAGCAAAUGAUUCCGCACUCUCUCAAAGAAAAAUACGAGGAAUGCCAAAGAGAUUACAAGCACCAGCUCAACAACCUCAGGCUACACCUAAUCCAUUCGGUGCAUUCAGCACACCUUCUCAACCACCUCCAGAUUCUUCAAAGAAUAACGCUUUCAGUGGUUUCAGCUUUGCAAAUCCAACCACUGCAAGCUCUGCAUUCAGCACAAAACCAACUGCUACAUCCUCUUUUGCCUCAUUCGGUGCACAGAAACCACAAGAACAACCAAAGGAACAACCAGAACAAAAUGUAGAAAAGAGUAGCAGUGACGAGAAUGCUCAGGUGUACUACUACGCUUCAUUGAAAGGCCUUAAUAAAUCACUAAUCGAGGCACUUAGAUUAGCAACAGAUAAUAACCCAUUUAUAGACUUAUCAACUGCUUUGUCUUCCAUAACUGAUGAGUACAAGAAGCACAUUAGCUCAAUCAAUGACAAAAAGUCACAAUCUGAGAAGCCAAAAGAGAAACCACUAGAGAAAUCCACUCAGUCAGCAGCUAAACCAGCACCGUCGCCAGCACCAUCAACUGCUCCUACAUUUUCAAUGCCUACAGUAGGAAACUUUUCAUUGAAGCCUUCCGCGUCUGCUUCUCCUUCAGAGGGUCAAUCGUCAGGUUUCGGUUUCAAACCAACUGCCUCUACGGAAAAGUCAAAUUCUCCUUUCUCAUUCCCUGCACCUUCCUUUGGUUCAUUUAAACCAAAUGAAAAGAAAGAUGACAAAGAGGAGGAUAAUAAAUCGGACAAAAAGCAAUCACCAAAGCCACAGGCUACUAAUAAAUUUGCUUCUUUUGGACAGGAAACAGAGAAGGGAGAACCACCAAUGGAGAUACCCCCUGCGCCAAAACCUGCAUCCGCGGUACCUAAGGCACCUGCAGUUCCGAGCUUGUUUAACCCAUCAAACGCAUUUGAAAAACCAGCAACUCCAGGGUCUAGUUCUACCCCACAAACUAAUCCAUUCUCAACCGGUCAGACUCUUGGAUUUGGUGCUGCACUUGGUGAGAAAAAGUCACCAUUACAGACUUCACCUGGUUUCAGUUUUGGUCAAGUAGGUUCUAAUUCAGAAAGUUCACCUUCAAAACCUGCAUUAUCAUUUAGUUUCGGAAGUGGCAGUUCUAGUAUGCCAUCAUUUCCUAAACCCGCGGAAAUGGAUAAUGCACCAGCUACACCACCAAAGUUUACUUUCGGUGGAUCCCAAAAUAAGACUAAUGACGGUGAAAUGAACAAGAAUAAUGAGAGUGAAAGUAGUAAUAACAUAUCAGCUGAUGAGGGUAACAACUCUACACGUCAACAGGGCGCUGGUGAAGAAGACGAAGAUGAUCUCUAUGAGGUCAAAGCAAGACUUUACAAGUUUGAGGAAAAUGCUUGGAAACCAAGUGGAACAGGACCAUUCAAGAUAAAGCAAAACCGUAAAAACAACGUCAAGAGGAUAUUACAUAGAGAUGCAUCAACAACUAGACCAAUUUUGAACUUCCGUGUCCAUUCAGAAAUGAAGCCUGAAGUAGACAACAAGCAAUUUAUGCUCACUGGUGUUGAAGAGGAUGGAUCACUGAGAUUAUUCAGGUUGCUGGUAAAGACACCUGAAUUGGCUACACAAACUCGUGAUGCCUUAUUAAAAGAGUUAGAGGAAUAAUAGUUUAUUGUGAUUGCCUUGCCUUUUUUGAUGCACGUAUUU